AAUUAUGAAGCGAGGAUAUCCCGAGCUGAUUUUGAAUUUCAAUACUAAUUCACCGGGACUUGAAGGUUCUUCUAAUUCUCAAGAGCUUGAGGGAACGAGAAUAAAAUCAGAUUUGCCAUUCUUUGAUUUAAGUGUGAUAGUGGCCGCUACAGACAAUUUCUCCUCCAGUAACAAGCUUGGACAAGGGGGUUUUGGGCCAGUUUAUAAGGGUCGUCUAUUCAACGGAAAGGACAUAGCAGUGAAAAGGCUGUCAAAAAAUUCAAGUCAAGGGAUAGAAGAAUUUAAAAAUGAAGUUAUGCUGAUUGCCAAACUUCAGCAUAGAAAUCUAGUUAGGCUUUUGGGAUGCUGCAUUCAGGAAGAAGAGAAGAUGUUAAUGUAUGAAUACAUGCCCAAUAAAAGCUUAGACUCUUUUCUUUUUGAACAAAACAAGAAUGCAUUCCUUGAUUGGAAAAAACGCUUUGAAAUCAUAGUUGGGAUUGCUCGAGGAAUCCUUUAUCUUCAUCAAGAUUCCAUAAUGAGAAUUAUUCAUAGGGAUCUAAAAGCCAGCAAUGUUCUACUAGAUGCAGAUAUGAACCCAAAAAUUUCAGAUUUUGGCAUGGCCAGAAUAUUUGGAGGGAACCAAAUUCAAGGAAAUACAAACAGAGUGGUUGGGACAUAUGGUUACAUGUCACCAGAGUAUGCAAUGAAUGGAUUAUUCUCCGUAAAAUCUGAUGUAUUUAGUUUUGGGGUGUUAGUAUUAGAGAUCAUCAGUGGGAAGAGGAACAACGGUUGUAACAGUAAGGACCCAUAUUUGAAUUUGAUUGGACAUGUGUGGGAACUAUGGAAAGCAGGUAGAGUACUGGACGUAGUUGACUCAGCUAUGGGUGAUUCAUAUCCUAGUCAUCAAGUUUUGAGAGGCGUCCAUGUGGGUCUCUUAUGUGUACAAGAAAGUGCAUCAGAUAGGCCUACCAUGUCCGAUGUUGUUGUGAUGUUAGGCAGUGAAACAGCUCUGCAUCCUCCCAAACAACCUGCUUUUAUAAUGAAAGAAGCUCCCAGUACUCCAGAUUCAUCUACUGCCGGAACAGGAUUAUACUCAGUAGACGAGGAGACCAUUACUGUCCUUGAAGCUCGAUAGGGUUUUCUGCAGGCUCCAAACUUGCAUGUGCUAUUCGAUCUGUUGUAUCUCAAGUCUUGCCCUUGUAAUUGAUUAGUUAAAUAUGUUUAAUUAAAGGGUAAGAUACUUAAACCAUCUGACUAACUCAACUGUAUCCCUACUAUUUGCAACAAAGUACUGUCUAUUUAA